AGAGGCCGACCAGCCAUUGAUGUUACCAGAGAACACAUUGAAUUUCUGCUGAAGCAAGGCCAUACAAUUUCAAAAACUGCUGAAAUACUGGGAUGCUCCUCAUCAUUUUUGUACAAGAAGUCAAAGUUGUUGGGUAUACCUGUUAGAAGUAUGCUGUCUGCAAUAGAUGAUGGUGAACUAGAACAACAUGUGAGGCAACUUCAGAGCCAAUAUCCUAAUUCUGGAAAUGAGAUGAUAAGAGCCCUGUUGCGUGCACAGGGUGUGCUUGUUACACGGUCCAGGGUGCGUGAGAUGUUGACACGGGUCAAUCCUACUGCUGCUGCAAGGAGAUGGAGCCAGACAGUUGCAAGACGUGUUUACCAUGUACCUUACCCCAAUAGUUUGUGGCACAUUGAUGGGAACAUGCGUCUCAUAAGAUGGGGUUUUGUGAUUCAUGGUGCAAUUGAUGGAUACUCCCGUCUGAUUACUUACCUCAACUGCAGCACAGACAAUCGUGCCACAACAGUGCUUUCUCAGUUUUUGAAAGCAACAUGCCUCUAUGCCCUACCAUCAAGAGUCAGAUCUGACCAUGGUGGUGAAAACAUCCUUGUGGCUUUAUUCAUGCAUCUAGUUCAAGGACUUGAACACAGAGGAUUCAUAACCGGACGAUCAGUUCACAAUCAGAGAAUUGAACGCCUUUGGCGUGAUGUAUUUUUGCAUGUGUUGCAGCACUUUUACCUUAUGUUCUACUCCUUAGAGUAUUCAGAGGUUCUAAACCCAGAUGAUGAUGUCCACAGACUUUCACUGCAUAUUGUUUAUCUUCCUGAGAUUCAAAAAAGACUGGAGCAGUUUAGACAGGCCUGGAACCUCCAUCCGUUGUGAACAGAAAAUAAUUGUUUUGACUGUACUUCUCACACAGACUGCCAUUCUCAAGAGUGCUUUAUUGCUUCACAUCUGUUAACAAACAACAUAAUGCAAUGUAGCUAAAUGGCGCCCUCUCUUGGUUAACUGUUACUAUAGUCAGUAUCAGUACAUCUCCCUUUUUUUUUUUUUUUUUUUUUUUUUUUUUUUUUAACAACAACUUAA